UCUGGGGCAGCAGAAAGAGGAUGGGCAGAAAGAAGAAGCGGAUGUGGAGAACGAGGAGGGAGAACAGGCUGCCAUGGAGAUUGAUGAUGCGGAGGUAGCAGAGGACAGGAAGGACAAUGGAGGAGUGGAGAUGAUGUCAGCCGUCUCUCAGGUGGCUCUACAUGAGGAGGACCAAACAGAACACAUGGGUGCCAUGGAGGAAAGAACCCCUGAAUUGGCUUUAACCGACUCUCAGGAGAUGAAGACGAAGAAGAAAGCAAGAAGGGGCAAAAGGGGAAAGGGCAUAAAACGACAGAAGAAGACAGCUGAGCGCACACCAGCACUGGUCAUGGAGACUGACCGGCUCAGACUGGGGCAACCUCAGCAUAGCCAUGUCCAGCAGGCACAGGCAGGACAGAGGAGAGCCGUCAGAGGAGGAGGACCUGCGCCCAGGAGGGGACCCUGGACAUAUGAGAGUCCAGAGCACUGGUACCAGGGGCAGGACAGCAGGGGACGGAGAGGAGGCCAGAUGUGGUGGCCGGAGAGAGGAGGAGGAAGAGGAGGAGGAGGAGGAGGAGGAGGAGGAGGAGGCCAGAUGUGGUGGCCGGUGAGAGAAGAAGGAGGUUUCUAUGGAGAAUGGCCGAGGAAUGAAUGGAUCAGGGAAGGAGGAAAGAGAGAGUCUGAGAGACGCCGAGAGAAGAGGAAGAGGAAGUGGAAAUAGAUCGGAGAGCUGAUGAGAAAUGACACACUGACGUGGGGAGGAGAUGAAGAGCGGCAGUCACCCUGCCAGCACACUACAGCAAGCACAGAGGAGCAAACACGGAGGAGGA